UCGAUGUGCUCGCUUCGGGGCAUCCGACGAACGUUCAGGUAAUAUGAUCGAGACUCCAGCUUUUCCAGACGCUUGUCUCAGUCCUUGGCUCUAUGGACAAAACUCUGCCUGUCCUGGCGACAGGGAAACUUACAAGUUACUUGCACCUGCUCUCUGUCUCUCCCGCGCCGGGCGCGGUGAUGCGCACGCACGAAACUGGACACGAAUAUGAACUUGUCAGACAACGGACUGUAACAUUAUCUUUAGAAUUACUGGCUCUGCAGUCUUGGUAGUAGUAGUUACAGUAGUAUAACUUAUCCUCUCCGCUCGGCACUCAAAUGUUGUACUCGCUAUCCGACCGUCUAUGUCCCCACACUCACAACACGAUCGCACCUCUCCACUCAGCUGUUCCCCCUCCCGCUGUCCCUCCUCUCUCCCUGCUAACCGCUGCUCUCCAAUGUCCUCCCUUGGUCUCUUAGCCUCCGUCGUCAUUGUCUAGUCGGAUUUCUACGGCAAUAUAAC